UCACGUGACGGGCGAGCCGCCGCCAUUUUGUCCUGCGGAGGCAGUACUUAGGGCGUAGCGCCCGCGCCGCCGCGCACUCCUGCCGGGACGGAGCUCCGCGCCGCAGCCUGCCCUCCCUCCCUCUCCCGCCCGUGCCCGGCCCCCUCCCUUGUGCACCUCUCAGCCGGCCUCCGCCCCGUCUCCCUCCCUCUUUCCCUUCUCGCCUCCGCCAUUUUGUGGCCGAGGGCUGCCUGCGGAGAACCGGCGCCGCGGCGGAGCCUCCCACCUCCCCCUUCGCCCUCCUGCGCUCCCGCUCCCAGCGGCGCCCAGCCCCGGCCCGGCCCGCGCAGCCAUGUCGUCCAGCGGUAGCCCCGAGUACGCCUCCUUCUUCGCCGUGAUGGGUGCCUCGGCUGCCAUGGUCUUCAGCGCCCUGGGAGCCGCCUAUGGCACAGCGAAGAGCGGCACAGGCAUCGCGGCCAUGUCGGUGAUGAGGCCUGAGCUGAUCAUGAAGUCCAUCAUCCCCGUGGUCAUGGCCGGCAUCAUCGCCAUCUACGGGCUGGUGGUGGCGGUGCUGAUCGCCAACGCCCUCUCGCCCUCCAUCACGCUCUUCAAGAGCUUUCUGCAGCUGGGCGCCGGCCUGAGCGUGGGCCUGAGCGGGCUGGCCGCCGGCUUCGCCAUCGGCAUCGUGGGCGACGCGGGGGUGCGGGGCACGGCGCAGCAGCCCCGGUUAUUCGUGGGCAUGAUCCUCAUCCUCAUCUUCGCCGAGGUCCUGGGGCUCUACGGCCUGAUCGUGGCCCUCAUCCUCUCCACAAAGUAAGGGCGGGGCC